GGAGGGGGCGGAUGACCAUCUGCCUGUCAAGUAGGGAUACCUUGGUCCACCAAGGCAGCCUGACCUGAGGCCAUGGUGAUCCAACCGGCAGGCAGCAGGGGGCGAAUGGCAGCCGAGCUAUUAGAAAGGAGAAGGAGCAAUCACUGUGAGGACAAGAAGCAGACAUUGUUGGCCUUGCUGGUCUUGGUGCUGUACUUGGGCACAGGCAUAUCAGGAAGAAGUUGGGAGGUGUCAGAAAGGAUCAGAGACUGUAACUAUCCCCAGAAUCCUGUGGCUUCCCAGGGGUUUGAGUCCCACAACAGUGAGUCCUUAGAAGACCCAGUGAAGGUCAUCAGGACCUGGCUGAAGGAGAACUUGCACGUGUUCUUGGAGAAGCUAGAGAAAGAAGUGCAAGAGCUGGAGCAGCUGGUACGGGACCUGGAGGAGUGGCUAGAUGCUUUUCUCAGAGAGGGACCCUCGGAGGAACCCUGCUCCUCACUCAAAAACCACUUGUGAGGGGCCAGGGCUGGGACCUGGGGAGGAGACCAAGUGGAUGUAUGGGAAGGAAGGGAUGCCAGAGGCUCCUCUAAGGCAGGAUAAGCUGAGAUGCUUGAAGUUCAAGGCAGAUGAGAAAAUAAAAUAGUUGGGCAACUAUGAACCAGUCAGCCCCGCUGCUCACCCAUGAACACUUAACACCUGACACCAGGUUCUCCUAGGUGGCCCCGGACACCAGGACUCUGAGGCU